AUGGAUUGUGAGGGAGACGUUGGGAAGGAAUCUCUUGUUCUGAUAAAACAAGGAGCUGAAGCUAGGGUGUUCGAGUCUACAUUUGUGGGGAGAAGAUCCAUCGUGAAAGAGCGAUUCUCGAAGAAGUAUAGACACCCGAUUCUGGAUGUGAAACUCACACAGAAACGAUUGAAUGCUGAGGCUAGGUGUAUGACAAAAGCAAGGAAGCUCGGAGUUUGUACUCCAGUCCUAUACGCAGUGGAUCCUCUGCUUCAUUCCUUGACACUUGAGUACAUCGAGGGCGUCUCUGUUAAAGACGUUUUUCUAGAGUUUGGUGCCAAUGGGGUUGUUGAAGAACGGUUGGAUGAUAUCGCUGUUCAGAUUGGUGAGGCCAUCGCUAAGCUCCAUGAUGGUGGCUUGUCUCACGGUGACUUGACUACUUCAAACAUGAUAGUCAGAAGCGGAACAAAUCAGCUUGUACUAAUUGAUUUCGGUUUGAGUUUCACGUCAACCUUGCCUGAAGACAAAGCUGUUGAUCUAUAUGUACUUGAAAGAGCCUUGCUCUCAAUGCAUUCUUCAUGCGGAAAUGUGAUGGAUCGUAUACUAACAGCAUAUAGGAAGUCCUCAAAGCAAUGGUCAGCCACGUUCAACAAGCUCGCUCAAGUGAGGCAACGAGGAAGAAAGCGUACUAUGAUUGGAUGA